AUGGCUGAAGAUCAGAAGAUGAGAUCAGUGUCAACUCGAGUCGGUAAUAUAUCGUAUACAGUUAGUGGUGAAGGCCGGCCGGUAGUCCUCCUGCAUGCUACACUCCACGACAGCCACGACUUCGACCCUAUUAUAUUUCGACUAGCAGAACAUUAUCAAACAAUCGCCGUUGACUGGCCAUGGCAUGGCAAUACAAAAGGGUCAGAUAUUGCCGCUACAUGUGCAAAACCAAGCGCUAUCCUGUUUGCGGAUGUCCUGGAGGACUUCGUUGCUGCGCUCGACCUACCUCCCGCGAUUCUAAUUGGAAACUCAGUGGGUGGUUUUGCAGCAGCAAGACUAGCAAUUACCAAUCCAAAUCGUGUUUAUGCGUUAGUCUUGGUGAACACCGGCGGUUUCACCUCAUGGAAUUUGUUUAGCCGAUCUUUUUGUUACAUUAUGGGGUUUAAAGCAGUGGCACGCAUCGUUCUGCCGUAUAUUAUCUCUCAAUACAUGAAUGCCCAGACCCCCAACGAUAUGGCAAUCUCGCAGAAAGCUAGAACUCGAGCCCAAAGCAGAGAAGGGUCAACUCUGGCUGCGACUCUCUGGCGCAGCUUUCUGGAUAAUGGCCACGACAUUCGAGCUCAGGCAAUAGCUAUCAAAAAACCGACAUUGAUUAUUUGGGGAACUAAAGAUAUUUUCCCAGUCACUACUGCUUAUAACGCACAAAACUCUAUACCAGGAUCGAACCUAAAACUCUUUGACGCGGGGCAUGUCGUUUUUUCUUCCAAACCUGAGGAGUUUCUUAAUGUUUUGGACCAAUUUCUGCAAUCGAUUCGUUAG